AUGCUUACUUAUGAAAGUAUUGUUAUUGGUCAACAUGUUGAAGUCUUUUACAAUGAUAAAAUUGUUUAUGGAACAGUUCUUUAUAAAGGUCCAAUCGUAGGACGACGUGGUAUGUGGCUUGGAAUUGAUUUAGCGAAUCAAGAUGGUGAUAAUGAUGGAACUUUAAAAGGACGUGUUUAUUUUCGAACUCCACCUAAUUAUGGAAUAUUUACGACAAUCGAUAAUAUACGUUUAGCGUCGGAUUUUACACGAAGACGAAGAUCAGUUUAUCGAACUGUAAAUAAAAAAAGUAUUGUUGAAGAAGAAUUAUUCGGUAAUACAGAUCCACUUACAUUACCUCCUCCAUCAACUAAUGCAAGUAUUUCUAAUAGUAAAGUAACAUUUUCAUUAAAAAAUCCACAUGAACGUCCGCAAUCAAGUAUUUUUUAUGAAAAUGAAAAACGUUAUCCAUUACCACAAACAUUAGCUAAAGAAUAUGAUUAUAAAAUAAGAAAACAACGUGUACUUGAAAAGAGGAAGUCGAAACAAAUCGAUACAACUGAAUUUACGUUUGCACCUGCACCAUCAAUUCCACCUAUUUUUAUGCCGCCAACUGAAGUUGAUCGUGCUAAACGAACAGGUUUUGUAGGCAUGAGUAUACCUCGUUAUACAGUUGUCUACGAUCAAUAUGAUUUUCUUGAAUGA